UUUUUGACACGUGAUCGCGAAAACUGGCAACAAUAGAACGAAAGUGAAGUUCGUUGUGGGUUGGGUUGAAAUUUUGUUAAUUAAUUAAUAAUUUAGUGCAAAAUACGGGUGACUGGUUGCAUAAAGCAAUUUUUUUAACGUGCAUUUAUCUUAGAUAAUUAAUGUAAUAUAAGUUUAUACAAAAUGAACAAGCAGUGUGCAAGGUGUGAAAAGACUGUGUAUCCAACUGAAGAGCUGAAAUGUUUGGAUAAGGUUUGGCACAAACUAUGUUUCAAAUGCAAGGAUUGUGGUAUGGCUCUCAAUAUGAGGACCUAUAAAGGCUUCAACAAGGAGCCAUAUUGUGAAGCUCAUAUACCAAAGGCGAAGGCAACGACAAUGGCUGAAACUCCUGAGUUGAAGCGGAUCGCCGAGAACACGAAGAUACAGUCGAACGUAAAGUAUCACGCAGAUUUCGAGAAGAGUAAAGGCAAGUUCACACAGGUGGCCGACGAUCCGGAGACGCUACGGAUAAAGCAGAACACGAAGAUCAUCAGUAAUGUCGCGUACCAUGGAGAUCUGCUCAGGAAAGCAGAGAUGGAACAGCGAAGGCAGCUUAACGAGAACACUAACGGAUUUGUUAAGGAUCCCUCAACGGACGCCCGUAAUGCAAAUAACUCUAGCGCCGCGUACCAGCACCAGAUGGCACCACCUCCACAACAACAGCACCACCAUCAGCCGCCCCAACAAACAUCAAUGCCUGCUCCCGCACCUGCCCCUGUAAUGACAAUGCACCAGGCUGCGCUACCCCAUAUUGGUAAAAUCACCGACUACGACCCGCUGGCCAAUCAGCAACAAUCACAGCAACAGUUCCAGAGCCCCUAUUCAUCUAGGACGUCGCAAACGCUCAUCUAUUCGUCGGAUGUGGGCAGGGUGGAUAAUCCUCCGUCUAGGCAUAUAGGUUCUGUACAUGAUAUGGAUCCAGUAAAUCACAAUUAUGGUUCACUAGGGAGAGUUUACCGUGCAAUGUAUGACUAUGAAGCGCAGGAUGACGAUGAGGUGUCAUUCCAAGACGGCGAUCUUAUAAUAAAUGUAAGUAGCAUCGACGGUGGAUGGAUGACAGGCGAAGUACAGCGCACGGGACAGGUGGGGAUGCUACCAGCCAAUUACGUGCAAUUGGCGAAUAUCUGAGGACGUAAGGUGCGUACAUACUACGUAGCUCGAAGGUUGUGGGGCAGCCAAAGGUGUUUCUUCAUCCUUCAAAAAUGACGUAAAUCCGAUCGACAAUACUUCUUCUGUAGCUGAAUAGAUUUUUUAAUAAUGUACCGUUCUAAUUGCUGUGGUGAUACAAAAUGUUACCACUACAACCAUACAACUCAAUUGACAGGGAAUGCGGAUCAGUGUAUUUGUCAACGCGCUUACUUGCAGUAUUUGAUUUUGAAUGUGACACACGGACGUUAAAUUCGCGGCGCUGAUGUGACAGUAUUAGGGCGGCUGCUACAUGUAUAACGUUUGAAAAACGAAUAUGAUAACUCCGUGAUGACCUAGACUACGACCUUCAAGGACACAGCGACCUUGACUGUUGCCUUCAGUGCCAUUUCAAAGUUAACUCAAAACAUCGAAAAUUUGCUAUAGCAAAAUUUUUUGACAGCACAGUUGUAGGUUCGUAAGGCUCACCCAAAGAUCACCCCGACCAUGACCUUUGAGGUCAAGUCAAAAUUUUUAAAAGAACCUCUCAUUUUACACUGGAAAUGGAAGAACGAAAUUUUAUGUCUGAAUGACUUAAAGUUAAGGUCGUGCCAAACUCAAUUGUUAUUUGAGGUCCGGAUCACAUUCAGACGUAAAAUUUCCUGCUUUCUCUUUUGGAAAUUUUGGACUUCAAGGUCAUGGUCAAGGUCACCUUUGGGCGAGUCGAUCCCACAUACCUCACAACUGUGUUGUUGAGCAUUUUCGACCAACUUGUUUUCGACGUCUUCUUGGCCUUGAAGGCGAUGGGCAAGGUUAUGACGGUGAUGCUCAGACAUAAGAUUUGCUCUUCUUUUCAAGUUUGUGAAAAAGGGAUGGUUCCGUUUGAAAAUAUUCACUCGAUCUUGAAAGGACCUUAAAGAUCGCAGUCAAGGUCACCACUUUUUUCUAAAAUGUGCUGUUUUCGGAAUAUUUAGGUUGGAGAUUAAACUGGAAAACCGUGUAGAGAUUUGAAUCGUUUGAAGUAAUGUAGAAUGUCUCUUGAAUCAAGAUGGGCGCACUGCUUGAUUUGGAGCAGAUGUGGAUGGUUCUAUAGAUGAACUCAAAAUAUAGAAUGAUGUCCUCAAACCCGUUGGAUUGUCAGUGAAUGUUAGGCUUUCUAUUGCUCUCAACGCUCGGCCAAUACGGAGUUGUAUUUCGUAUAAUAAAGUGACGUUAAAUACCCUAAGUUUUUACCGUACGUAUGUCAUAUAUCGUCGGUGAUACUGCAAUAUGUCGUAUGUCGAAAAGAGGUAAUUUUUCAGGAGAGAAAGAAAACUGUUUUUAUCGACCAAUUUUAAAUUUGAAAUUGCUAUUUUUUGUCUACUAUGUAUUUUUCUAUUAGGGUAUUAGUACUUAACUCGAUUUUUUUGUUCAAUGGAAUAUUAAGCAAAAUGCCGUUACAUACGACAUAUUUCAUUGAAAAUGGAAAUAUUUAUGUCACAUACGACAAUUUUGUAAUCCAUUAUACAUCUCACAAAAAUAAUUUUUAACAGUUCUAUUCUUUUUAUUUACGUAAUGAAAAACUAAACAAAAAAUUCUAAACAAAUAUGUAAUCUUAAAAUAAACAGGAAAGAAUAAAAUAUAUUAAUUUUUGAUAUGUGAACAAACUUGGUCAGACUUGCAGCUGUGCUUUAAAUUGUCAUAAAAUCCAUGGUAAUCUGAUUCGAUGACAGAUUUCAAUUCUUGAAGAUGUAUGAAUUUUGUAUCCUCAAUUUGGCGAGGAGAUAAAUAUAGAGGUUCGUGAGAGAAAGAAGUUCUAGUACGACAUGGUCUACGUGGCAGUUCGAGCCAUUCAUCCGAAAAAUUUAUUUUGUAUUUUAUUAGUCCUUCAGGAAGAUACUGCAAUGCACAAAUGUCUGUAACACAGGGAUCACCUUUUUUGCUUCCAGGUCGAAUUUGUGAAUACAUUCCUUUUUUGUAUUGCAAAAAAUCGUUGAAAUGCAGAGACACUACUUUAUAAGGGGAUGGGUUUUGCCUGGCCGCUCUUAUAAUUUUAUUAUAAUCGGCGGGAACAGCUAUAUCAUUUCUUCUUCCCAGCUUUCUCUCUAUUACACUAUGGACUGAAUCCACCUCCAUCUGGGUAUGUCCUACCUCCAGGUACUUUUGUUCAAUAAUAAUAUUUUUUUCCAUGGCUAUCUCCAGCAAACCAUUUGACAAAUUCACAUUUCUAUUUUGGUAGGUACAACCGUCGCUCCAUAGGAUUAUUACCUUCGGGCUCUGCCUUUCUAUCUCUUCAUUAAGAAACUUUACUAAAAUGGAAACAAAAACAUCGCUGUCUAAACCUCCAUUUCCCUCGUGCCAUAAAUAACAAGACACAUCUUUGUUAUUAAGAUUAAAAAAUGUUUGGUUGUGAACCUUCAGUUUUUGUUUAUAGUACAUGGCGGAGGCUUGGGUAAAAGGACAAAGAAGAACAGCUUGUAAGUCCAUAGUGUAGACAUACUUUGAGUUUCCUGCCUCUGAUGAGAUAGCUUCUUGUUUGUCUUGCUCUUUUUCUGACCGUGCCUGUUCUUUCUUGGCAACGUGACUAUCGUAAUCUGCUUGACUUAAAUUUCCCUUUUUAAACUUCACGCAUGUGUUGCACUGGUCCUUACGAGGUGUAUAAAUUUCAAGAUUUCUUGUCUUAAAAGUUUUAUAGAAAAGUCUCCAAGAACAAGAUCUUAGGUUUUGACGUUCACAAUAGUUAAUAAACUCACGAUGCAAAUGUCUGUAACUAUUCCAAGUGGGUUCCAAAUAAAGUUUCCUAGUGGAUGCUCGACAGUAGUGCGAUUCAACUUUAGGCAAGCUGUCUAAGAAUUGAUUAACAUUUUUUGUGCAUUCGGAAUCCUGAGGUGGCUCUACUAAAGCCGGUUCAAUACCUAGCUCCAUAUUUGGUAAACAUUUGUUUAAAACCCAUUCUCUUACACAUCUUUCUCCAAUACCUAAAGUGGCUAAAAACAUUUUCUUGCAUACGUGAUAUUUUUUGGUAGACUCUGGAUUAUCUUUAGUUAUUAAAUAAUAUUUAAACCCUGUUUUCUUUCGAGACUCUUCUUCUGCAGUGUUUCGUCUUCUGUGUUUGGGCUGAGAGUGCAGUACAAGACUACUUACAUAAAUUUUUUUACCUUCCCAAGAACUAAUUUCCCAAAAAGAUUGAAAUAUUUGAUUACGCAUUUCAUUUGUAAUUUGCAAACAUUCAAAUUUUUGUUGUGGUCCCUUAGAGUCAUUUUUGUGUCCCCCACAUGACGACUUUACUUUGCGCUGAACUCUACAGACUGUUUGCUGGUACUUGCCUCCAGUAUUUUUCUGAAAUCCCAUGUAUGCAUGGCCUUUAAGUCUCGCUUGCGAAUUUUUUGCUCGUUUCCAUUGCGAUGGAUCUCUUUGCCCUUUACUCUUACGUUUUUUUGUUCUUCCAUCCGGUGUCCGACGAUCUUCUUGGUUUCCACCUCCUUGGUUUUCAACGUUUUCGUUUCCUAAACUAUUUUCUGAGUCAGUAUCUGUUGGCAGAUACUCGCUGCCACUUUCCUGAAAUGGAUCUGGUUCUGAAUGUCUUUCAGUAUCUGAAGUUGCAUCAUGGACCUCUUCUUCAUCUGCUACAACUUCUUCCUGAUAGUCAAUUAUUGGUACAAUACCACUAUCAGAAUCUGUGUUUUGUUCCAAAUAAUAUAACUUUUCAUCAGUUUUGGAAUGCGAUGUUUCUUUUGGGAUUUCUGCCACUUCUAGGACUGUUAAAAUUGGAUUAUCUACCAAUUCUGCAUUUCCUAAUAGAUCUUGAACUGACACUUGAACCAUACUCUCUGUUCUUUGAGGAUCUGAUGCAUCGUUCAAUUGGGUCGCAAAAUUGUUAAUGUUAUCGUCUUUGGGCACUUGGUGAGAGGCUACUGCACUAGAUGCUGAAUUUCGAGCUAGUUCCACCAACAGUCGCGCUCUGUUUGACAUUAUGGAUUCACUGAAAAUAAAAAAAAACAAAGAUGCAAUAUGUUGUAUGUCAAUACUUAACAAACAGAAAUAAUACUAAAUAAAAGCUAAAUUUGGAAUGUAAAAUAUCGUAUGUCACACAGUGUUAAAAAAAAUCGAUUAAUUACUACAAUAAAUCAUAUCAUUAAAGAGAAAAGGAAUAAAUAACCUACGUGAAUUUUACUUGCCGUUUUGAUAUAAUAUAUUUAUUCAGAAAAAAUUAAGGUUAUACAAAAUAAUAUUGUUGUUUUUUUUUGUUAAUUAUGGUAUUUCUUGACUAAAAACUACAAACACUAUAACGUUUUUGUAGUUUAAAUUAAGAAAAUAACAACAAACUCACCAUGUAAACUCAAAAAACUAUCACAAAACUCACAUUUAGUUGUUACUGACACGUUACUGCUUGCAGCUAACCUAAAAUGUAUAAUAAUUUAAGUGACAUACGACGUAUCGAAAUAUCCAAUUGUGUAGCGUUACGACAUAGACGGAGAGCAUGAUUCUGACAUACGGCAUAUUGAAGUAUCCAGUUUUGUCAAGAAAAACAUACGACAUAUUUGUAUGUGUAAACAAUCAGGGUACCUGUUCAAAUUUCAUAUACAACAUUUUGCAGGGGCAUAGAGGACUGUAUUUUGGUUACAAUGGAUAUAUAAACAAAAAAUUGCAAUUUUUGUGACAUACGACAUAUUGCAGUAUCACCGACGAUAUGUCACUAAGGUCGAAGAUAGAUGGUGGAGCUACACUUCGAGAUCUGGAUCUAGGUUACCUAGCCAGUUUUGCGAUUUACACUUUUUAUGAUUCUUGAGUUGUACUAUAUAGUGGUAACUGACUGUGUAUGAGUUCAUAUGGUAUUUUUGAAAUCGGCGAUAAAACUUUUUAAUACAAAAUUAUAGUUAUCAAUGUUUAGUAUUAGAUUAAAUUAAAUCUAUAUUUUUAUUAAUGCAAUACAUAGAUUGGUAAAUAUACAGCAUUGCUCAUUGGCUUACAAUAAGUGAUGCUAGACUAACAAUCACCUAAGGAAAGUUUGUAUCGUUUAUGUAAUUACUAAUUCUCAAUCCCUACCCCCUUUUGUUUAAAAAAGCUUGUAGGUCUAGUUAGCAGAUACUACAAACUAGGAAAUAUUAGUGCGAAUUGGUACUGGAUAAUCCUCAAAAUGACUUUUAAUAAUACUCGCACUUCCAGUUACGAUUUUUAGCCGGUGAUGUUUUUGCAAAAGCAAGUAACAGGUGGAAGCCUUUCACUUUUCAAAAAAAUUUGUAAAUGUAAAUACUAAAUGCUAAAAUGUAGCAAAUACAUUGAUUUUGGUAUAGGUCAGAACAAUAGAAAUUAGUAUCAAAAAAGAAAAAUAGUGUGGCAUGAGUUGGUAUUUGAAUCACCAACUAAAGUGUCGAUAGAAAUGCGUGCUUUUAUGCACAUGCGCCUUAUGGUACCCAUUCACGUACAGGCGGACUGCAGGCAAUGGACUGAAAUUUGACCUGCAGCCGUGGCCUGCGAUAUAGACCAUACACGUUCAGUUGUAUACAAACGAUGCGGCCUGCAGGCCAUCGCCUGACAGUCCUAGAACUGCAGGUCGCCUCAUUAUUUGCCAUACAUCCACAGUCCGUCGCAAAAGUUUCGCAGUUCUUGCUUGUAGUGUGUAGACAAAAGAACAAUAAAGCAGUGGUAAAAUGUUAAGAAAAAAGAAACUUAUUUUGUUACUUUUGAUUUUGCUAUUAACUAAU